UAAGAGUUCCGACAACCCGCCCUCACCGAACUUCUGUUAGCGACAUGGAAGUCACUUCUAUAAAGUAGAGCAGAACGCUUUGAAUGUGGCAACCGCACGGAUAGCGCAGCUGAGCGCGGGACCGAGGAAUUGUAUUCGGGCUUGCAUGCAUUCAUUCUUUUGAACGUGGACAAUCAUGGUUUUAUUGUUCUGGGGUCUAAGCUUUUUAGUGUCACUCUCUUAUUUCAUGAAUGCACUAGCUUCCGCAGGCAGACCGCGAGGAUUAGAGAAAGCUAAGGGGUUUGGCGCGUAUGAGAUUGUUACUCCGGCGAGAGUGAAUGAAGCCGGUGACAUAUUGCCAACGGGCGUGCACUUCAAAAGGCGAAAGCGGAGUAUCGACCCAAUAACCAGCAACAUCUCCCAUCAUUGGGCCUCGCCGCAUGUCUAUUAUCAAAUAUCUGCGUUUGGGCAGGACUACUUCCUUAACCUUAACCUCGAGUCGGGAUUUAUUGCACCAGUUUACGCUGUCACGAUACUGGGAGCACCAAGUGAAAGUCAUGAUUCAGAAGGAGAAGAGGACAACACCGAGUAUCAGCAUUGCUUUUACAAAGGACAUGUGAACUCUGGACAGGAGCACACUGCAGUGAUCAGCCUCUGCUCCGGUUUGCUUGGCACUUUCAGGUCACCUGAGGGGGAGUUUUUUGUGGAGCCCCUUCAUAGCUACAAUGGUGAAGAUUAUGAAGAAGAACACACCAAACCUCAUAUUGUAUACAGAAAAAAUGCCUUAAAGAAGACUGUAGAAGAGUCGACUGCAUGUGAAACUUCAGGACAUAAAGAGCCACAGAGCAGACACAGGGACGAUCUGAAGAGAAAAUCAUCCUCAAGCAUGGUGUCCGACUUGGAGACCCUUAAUUCCAGACUCCUCUCUGCCCCCUCCACAGAAAACGUGCACCACUCUGCUAAUGAAAGCAGUAACUCCGAGCCACACAGGAGAUCAAAGCGUUUCCUCUCCUACCCCCGUUUUGUUGAAGUCAUGGUUGUGGCAGACAGCAAAAUGGUGGAACAUCAUGGAAGCAACCUACAGCACUACAUUCUUACCCUGAUGUCUAUCGUUUCUUCUAUCUACAAAGAUCCCAGCAUUGGAAACCUGAUAAACAUUGUUAUUGUGAAAUUAGUGAUUAUAAAGAACGAGCAGGAUGGACCCGCUAUUUCUUUUAAUGCACAAGCCACUUUGAAAAACUUCUGCAUAUGGCAACAGAAUCAGAACCACCCGGAAGACAACCACCACUCGCACCACGACACCGCCAUCUUAAUCACAAGGCAGGACAUCUGUCGAGCGCGGGACAAGUGUGACACUUUAGGUCUUGCUGAGCUGGGAACAGUUUGUGAUCCCUAUAGAAGUUGCAGUAUUAAUGAGGACAACGGUCUCAGUACGGCUUUCACCGUCGCUCAUGAGCUCGGCCACGUGUUUAACAUGCCUCAUGAUGACAGCAACAAAUGCAAGGAAGAUGGAGUUAAAAACCAGCAACAUGUGAUGGCCCCCACCCUCAACUACUACACCAAUCCCUGGAUGUGGUCCAAAUGUAGUCGGAAAUAUAUCACAGAGUUCCUCGACACAGGGUAUGGUGAGUGCCUGCUCGACGAGCCCGUUUCCAGGCCAUACGCUUUGUCCCAGCAGCUGCCCGGGCAGAUAUACAGCGUCAAUAAACAAUGUGAACUGAUAUUUGGGCCUGGGACCCAGGUGUGCCCAUAUAUGACUCAGUGUCGGAGACUCUGGUGCACGAGUCCUGAAGGAGUACAGCGAGGCUGCCGGACCCAACACAUGCCAUGGGCUGACGGGACAGAAUGCUCUCCAGGAAAGCGUUGUAAACAUGGAUUGUGUGUUCCUAAAGAACAUGAAACGGUUCCUGUGGAUGGGGCCUGGGGGGUGUGGAGUCCUUUUGGCACAUGCUCAAGGACCUGUGGAGGGGGAAUCAAGACCGCUGUGCGCGACUGCAACCGACCCUUGCCCAGACAUGGGGGGAAGUACUGUGUUGGGCGCAGAAUGAAAUUCCGUUCCUGCAACUCUGAGCCGUGCUCCAAGCAGAAACGAGACUUCAGGGAGGAGCAGUGUGCCAGCUUUGAUGGCCGGCACUUUAACAUCAAUGGUCUACCUCCAAAUGUUCGCUGGGUGCCAAAGUACAGCGGAAUUCUAAUGAAGGAUCGCUGUAAGCUGUUCUGUCGAGUGGCAGGCAGCACAGCUUACUACCAGCUCAGGGAGCGAGUCAUCGAUGGAACACAAUGUGGGCCUGACACCAACGAUAUUUGUGUGCAGGGCCUGUGUAGGCAAGCAGGAUGUGACCACGUGUUAAACUCCAAGGCCAGGAGAGAUAAGUGUGGGGUGUGUGGUGGGGAUAACUCAUCAUGCAAAACUGUGGCAGGAACAUUCAACGUGGUGCUUUAUGGUUACAAUGUUGUGGUGCGGAUCCCCAGUGGUGCUACUAACAUAGAUGUGAGACAACACAGUUACUCAGGGAAACCAGAAGACGACAACUACCUCGCUUUGUCCAACAGCCGUGAAGAAUAUUUACUCAAUGGAGAUUUUGUGGUCAGUAUGUUUAAAAGGGAAGUCAAAGUUGGAAAUGCUGUCAUAGAGUACAGCGGCUCUGACCACGUAAUCGAGAGAAUCAACUGCACUGACCGCAUAGACGAAGAGAUUGUUGUCCAGGUGCUAUCUGUAGGUAACCUGUAUAACCCUGAUGUCAGGUAUUCCUACAACAUUCCCAUAGAGGACAAACCUCAGCAGUUUUUCUGGGAUGUGUACGGCCCUUGGCAAGAGUGCAGUCUUCUGUGCCAAGGAGAGCGCAAGAGAAAAGUCAUGUGCAUUCGCGAGUCGGAUCGCGUGAUGGUGUCUGAUCAACGGUGUCACGGCUCUCCUAAACCAUCUGUGAUCACUGAGCCCUGCAACACAGACUGUGAACUCAGGUGGCAUGUUGCUCGCAAGACAGAAUGCACAGCCACAUGUGGACCGGGCUUCCGGAGGUUAGACAUUUACUGCACCAAACAGAGCAGAUUGGAUGGAAAGACCCAAAAGAUUGAUGACCGUUACUGCAGUAGCCGACCCAAGCCUGAUGAUAAGGAGGCCUGCUAUGGAGACUGCAACCCUGGUGGAUGGGAAUACUCCCCCUGGUCAGAGUGCUCCAGGAGCUGUGGAGGGGGAACACGCCUCAGAAAUGCAGUAUGCGGAAAAUCAGCAAAGUCUGGCGACGAUAGCAAGUGCAACGCACAAGAUAAACUCUCCGACCAGCCCUGUAAUGAGUUCCAGUGUCCUCAGUGGAAAACUGGAGAGUGGUCAGAGUGUUUGGUGACAUGCGGCAAGGGCCAAAAGCACCGCCCGACAUGGUGUCAGUUUGGAGAGGAGCGUUUGGACGACCGCUUCUGUGAUUCCUCCAAACCAGAGUCGGUACAGGCCUGCCAACAGCAAGAAUGUGCAUCCUGGCAAGUGGGAUCCUGGGGACCUUGCACCAGCACGUGCGGGCCGGGUUAUCAGAGGAGAGCUGUUAAGUGUGUGGUUAGCUCGUAUGGAACCGUCAUGGAUGACAUGGAAUGCAAUGCAGCAACGCGUCCAACAGACACCCAGGACUGUGAACUUUCUCAGUGCCCUGUGACACAUCCUGUUGCCCCAGAGACUAAAGCGAUGUCAUAUCCUGGUCUUAAAACACAGUGGCGCUUUGGAUCAUGGACACCGUGUAGCGCAACCUGUGGAAAGGGAAGCCGUAUGCGGUACGUCAGUUGCCGUGACCAGCAGGGUGGAGUGGCAGAGGAAUCAGCCUGCUCUCAUCUUCCAAAACCACCGGCAAAAGAGGUGUGCUCCAUAGUGGCGUGUGGACAGUGGAAGGUUCAGGAAUGGACUGCGUGCUCUGUAUCCUGCGGUCAGGGUAAAACUACACGGCAAGUUGUGUGUGUGAACUUCAACGAUCAAGUUGCGGAAACGAGUGAGUGUGACACUGAGGAGCGGCCAGCCACAGAGCAGGAGUGUGCCAUGCCUCAGUGUCCAUCUCGCCACAGUGACAACGUUGGUAUUUCGCCUAACCCUGAUUCCCGAAAGAAGUUUAUUCCCACCGGAAGAGCUGAUCGUAACAGAGCUGACAGACACUGGUCACAUCAGUGGAGGACUGGACCGUGGGGGGCAUGCUCGAGUACCUGUGCCGGAGGAUUUCAGAGGCGUGUGGUGGUGUGCCAGGAUGAAAAUGGUUAUCCUGCCAGCAGCUGCGAUGAAAGCACACAGCCCAUAGAGCAGCGCUCCUGUGAAUCGGGCCCCUGCCCUCAGUGGCUUUAUGGCAGCUGGGGUGAGUGUUCGAAGACCUGCGGAGGAGGGAUAAAAACUCGCUUGGUUGCUUGUCAGCGGCCCAACGGGGAGCGCUUUAACGAUCUGAGCUGUGAAAUUCUUGACAAACCACCGGACCGAGAGCAGUGCAAUACUCGGCCCUGCUCCGUUAACCCUCACUGGAGCACAGACCAAUGGAGCUCGUGCUCUGCCUCCUGUGGAAGAGGAUUCAAGGACCGUAAUGUGACAUGCGUCAGUGAGCCGCACCAGCCAAUCACAGAGGAGAACUGCAUGCACCUGCCUUUCCCAAAGAGGCAAAAGGGCUGCAGAGGUGGGAGGUGCCCCAAGUGGAAGACAGCAAGCUGGGGAGAGUGUUCGUCUUCAUGUGGAAAUGGUCGGGAGCAUCGAGAGGUAUCUUGUGUAAUUGGUGAUGAGCGCACAACGCAGGAGUAUAAAUGUUCCCGGCUUCCCCGCCCGCCCUCUACCCAGCCCUGUCGAGUCGCUGACUGUGUCUCCCACUACAGGUGGAGGGAGGGGGACUGGCAAGAGGGAGGGGAGCCUGGUGUUGUUGACGGUGAGACGAACGAUUAGUGUGUCUGGUCCAUUCUGCGCGCCAAAUGCAUAUUUUUGAAGCAAUGUGAAUCGGCUGUAUAAGAUGCAGUGGAACAUAUUGAAUGGCAGUGAGUUGAAUGCUAGCUAAUCUACAAUUAAAAUACAUCAAGCGUUGAUCGACACAGUUAUAGACAUUGAGGUCUUUCAUCUAAAAGAGGAAAUGUUGGACAGCUGUUGACACAACUUUUACAACAAACCGGGGACUCUGAUAAUGAUUACCUUCGCCACUGACUUUGGAAUCCUCUUUGCUGAGCAGGAGGGUGUUGUGUUCCCAUCUUCCAUUCCUCUGAAUCCAGCCUUUAUACAUUCUCUUUGGACUCUUUGGACAUGCAGUACGGACU